AAUCUUAAUUUUAAGCUUCAAUUUUUAAUCUUGAUCUGUCUCUCAGUACCUAACAUGUCACAUGGAGCAUGCUACCUGCAGUGUUGGUGUUGUUGCGGUGCAAUAGAUGGAACGCAGAUUUCUUGUUUUCGUCUAAUAGUUUUCGCGUGGAAUAUGUUACUGUAUUUUUACAAAUAUAUAAUUACUUUUAUAGAUUUCAAACCAUUAUUAUUGAUAGAAAUAGAAUACAUCUUACGAACAAAAAAGUUAAUUAACUGUAACUAAUUUCAAUUGCUAGUCUUAUUUUCGCAGAUAUCAAGUUUCACUUUUGAUCUCAGGCAGAACAAAACAGGAAUCCAUGAAACUUAAGGUUUCUUCAGAAGAUAAUUUGCCAAAAAUAUUAUGUAUGAAUUGCUGCAAAAAGUUGGAUAGUAUUCAUAAAUUUGCAUCUAUGGCUGUAAAAAUGCAGGAUAAAUUAAAAAUGUUGGUUGAAACUGGAUCAGUAGAAGAUAUGAAAGAACACAGUAUAUUACAUUCUAUUCUGAGUAAGGGUCCCGAGUCGGAAUGUGAAGUCACAGAAGUAGAAGUGCGAGUAGAUCCCAUGCUUUUCCUUUGUGCGUUGGAGGAUGGAAGCAGUGAUGGUGAAGACAAUUCAAACAGCAAUGAAACGGCAACCCAACCUUCUGCAGAACCUCCUGUCAAAAUGGAGCCUGCAGAAAGUGGUUCUAGUUCAUCUCUUCCAGCAUCAGAGGAAUCAAUCACUGCUUCCACUUCAUCUGCUUCUACUUCCUCUGUUCCAACCAGAACCGUGUCUGCUGUUGUAUCCACUGCCACUACAGCUCCUGUCAACACUGCUGCUUCCACAGUAUCAGCAGUUCCAUCACCGGUUAUAUUGCGUCAAACCUCACCUCAGCCACCAAUGCCUGAAAAAGAAACCAAACCUUAUAUUUGUUCUGUUUGUUCACGAGGCUUCUAUAAUGAAAUCGGACUACAAAACCAUUUGUGGAGUCAUUUGCCCCAAGACCGCAGAGUUCUUAGCAAUACUGUCGGUAACAACUUAGAAAGGCAAGCGCCGGUGUACUCCUCCCGGGGCGUCUUGCACACCAACACCGCCGUCACCAGCGUCAUGAGGUUUGUUUGCCCCAUUUGCGGCAAGAAGAUUUCCACCAAAGGGAAUCUCAAAGUGCACCUCGAAACGCAUCGCCCCAAAGGAAAAUACGGUUGUGAUAUUUGUGGUCGAGUUUUCAAGACACAGUCGAAUCUCUAUCGGCAUAAGGACUAUCAUGGAGGUGUGCAAUUUCCAUGUGGAGUGUGCGGGAGAGUGUACCCAACCAACAGCACACUUAGAGCCCACAGCAUUACUCACAGCGACUUGCGACCACAUGCCUGUCCUCUGUGCGAUAAGACCUUCAAGCGCAAUCAAGAUCUUAAGUGCCCGUACUGCCCCAAGGCCUUCGCCAGCUCGGGCAACUGCUUCUCGCACCGCAAGCGGAUGCACCCUCAGGAGGUGGAGCGGGACCGCGAGCGGGCGGCGCAACUCAUGCGGUUUGAAAAUAAAAUGAACAUUGUAUACGUCAAGAUGAAAAUACUUGCUGCAGUUGAGUGGUAAGGUUUCAUUUGGUGAGUCGAGUGGGAACCACACAUAUAAAUAUAUACAAAAGUGUAUUUGUAAUGGAAAAACAAUUACAGCCUUUGCAUCUCUCUAGGGCAACUUGCAAUAAUUUAUCAAAUUCUUCAAGAUCAUUAUUUUAUUGAAUAAUAAUUUUAAGAAGAUAACAUCAUGACUAUGCUUUUUGAAAAGCUUAUCUGCUGACAUUUUAUAAUUAUUUCACUCACAUUCUUGCAAUAGAAAAUAGUGUUUUGAAUCAAAUCAAUGAGACACUAUACUACUCAGGGCGCAAAAGUUGAAGGUAAUGAACCUUACACUUACUUUCACAAUUUAAUGAGAAGUAAUUUUUACAUUGAUGGCUGUUCAAAAUUAUGAGCUGCAAUUAAUUGAUUAAAUGUUCAUAUUAUUUAAUUCAAUGCACAUACAAAUUUGUCCAUGAUUUUCUUUUCAAGAACCACACAGGAAAUAAACAUGAUACAUAUUUGACAAAGACAGUGAUUGUGAUGUCUUAAAUGCUAAUAUGUUUCUAGACUUCAUGAAUAAUAAAUAAAGUUAGCAUCAUUUGAGUUGCACCACGUCAAUUAUUCAUGCAAAUCAUUUUCAGUUCUUUAAAGUGUGUUAUAAAACAUUAAUUUUUACCAUUUCAAAAUCUUUGCCAACAAAACAUUAAUAUUCAAUGAAAUAAUAAUUUAGAGAAGAUGUGGCACACCAAGAAUCAUGGAUCAUGUAAAAAUUUGGGGAAAAUAUGGCACACUGUGCAUAUUGAAGAGGUAAAGACAUUAUACAAUUCUUCUCCAUUGCUUGUAUUUUUAUUAAGCUGCCCAUUUACUUGUUUUAUUUUUGUGGAUAAUUUAUUCAUUGAAUAAUUCAUUACAAAUGCUAAAUUAAUUUAUAAAAACGUAUUCAAUUAAGGUUCCUUCAAUUUUGAUUUUGACUUUAAACAAGAUUUAUAUACAUUAAAAUCCAAUUAAAAAUACAUUUCUUGAUAGAACUUUAUUUUAGUUUGGUAAUCUUCCAAUUAUAAUUUAGUGUAGAGUUUUAUUUAUUACAACAAUGAUAUUAAUUAUGAUAUAAUUUGGGAAAAGUUAUUGUCAAUUUUUUAUUUCAAAGGCAGUAACUAAGAAUAAUUCAAAUGAUUUAAGUGUGUAAUUAUUUUGAAGAAAUUGUAGCACAAACCAUAAAGAGAGUGAGAGAAGGAGAAGGGGAGAGAGAAAAAAGACAAAUGAAAAUUGGUGUGCUUUUAUUUUUCACACAGGUUCAUUAUUAUGAACACCAUUUCAGUUUAUUGUAUAUUUCUAGAUUAUAUCAAUCAUGUUUAAGAUUUUCCAUUAAUUACUUUAAAUUGAUAUAUUAUUCUAAAUUAAAAUUCUAAAAUAAAUGAAUAGCCAACAUAUAAUGUUAUUUCAAUCAGCAGAACUGACAACUUUUCAAAAGGUUUCAUUAGAUUGAUUUAAAAAAUCAAUUACACCAAUCAAACACUGUACUUUCACUUCAUUAUAAAUAAAAAGUACAGUUGCUGUUAAGUACUAUUACGUGUUCACUGACAAUUAUCUUUAAAGAAGCCUUACUUAGUACCUAUAUGUAGUAUUAGAUUGAAUGUUGGACCCCUAUAAGUUAUUAGAGCCUGAUUGAGUUUGCAUCGUUGAAUGUAUUUAUUUCACUCUGUUAUGAGUAAACAAAGCCUAUUUAUGGGAAUUGGUGAAUGAGUGUAAAUGAAUGAAAGAGAAUGUGCAUAGAAAAAAUGGAAAUAAUGCAGUGUGCUAUUUUUGUGUAGAUGGCCCUCCCUAUUGUUGUUAUGUGAACAACUUUGGCUCGAGGCAUUGUUGGCAAUGUGACCCAUUUAUAAGACAUGUUAUUAGCAGGCAAUCAUUGAAAAUACUCAAUACCUCAUAUAGCAAACCUAAUCCACAUAAUAGGUUUUCUAUUCCUUAGAUAAUGCUGAAUACUGAACAUUAAUGUUAAGAAAAUAACACUAAUGUUGUAAAAUAGUAAGACUGCAAGGUUCACAUCCUGUGUCCCUCUUGGCAAACUUAAUGUUAGUCUUAACUUAUACUGUAAACCUGCGUCAUCUGACAGUUGCAUUUGUUACUUGCUUGAGUCAUAAGUGUUGGAUGUUGUAAAGACAUAAAAAUAGAAAUAUAUUUUUUAGAGUUUUUAUCAGUUCUGUAUAUGUCACGCAUAACAAUCAUACAAAGGAGACUAUUUUCAGAACAUUUAUUCUUGAAAAUGCACUGUUCUGGGUUUUGGUGCUCCUUGUUACCACUGUUUUCAGUAAGCAUGUUAUUCAUUUCUAAACAUACAUUCUUAACAAACUACCUCAUUAAAUCCGCAGGCAUUACUAUCACAUUUCAAUACAAUAGACAGAUUGAAAAUGUUCUUUUUCUUCAUGGGUCUUGUUUCACCAACAGUUACGGGAUUUGAAAUGUAUAACAUGUUUACAAGUGCUGAAUAUACCUACUUGAAAACUAACCACAACAAUUAGCACAGUAGAUUUGAUUUCAGGGAGACUGCAAUGAAUUCAAUAGUGUGUGCUGUAUUUGUUAAUGUAGAAAACAAUUUGUCCUCAGAUUAAUACAAACGAGAAGCUAAGGUUUCCUUCUGUAUACAAUUGUAAAUCACAUUUUUUUUCUCAGAUGCAGCAGCAUAAAUAUUAUUCCCAUCAUUAAUGAAUAAGCAGGACUUCUGAUAAUAAGUGCAGAUACAAUCCAUUGUUUAAUUUUGAAAAUGAUUGACAAAAAUCUAUUUAAAGCAAGUUAUGAGUGUACUACUUCAAAAGAAUUCUAUGCAGAACAUAUUAUUUCAUGUUUGAAUGCAUAUGUUCACAGAAUAAUCUACUAUUGUGCUUUAUGAAAAAUCAGGCUACACUCAGGGUGCCAAACUUAUAUGAAGAUGAGCAUGUCAUCAAUUUAAUAUUCAGGUUUCUCUCCAUGACAUACAUGUUCUUCUCACAUGUGAUGACAGAGCAGAAAACAGAUUUGUGACCAGAAACAUUUACAUGAUUCUAUUACAGCAAGGUUAUGAAAUGUGCACAAGUUAUAACAUUUCUAUCGAAAAUAUUAUCUCUAUUAAAAAAGAUUCUACAACCUUACCAAGAAAAUUUAAUUUCUUAUAAGUUAUUUAUUGCAGAUAUUAUUCAAUUACAUCUUAAUGACUGGUGAUUAUUUAUCUACAAGGCAAAUACCAGAUUACUGUUUCAACAAAUUGCUGAGUGGUAACUGAGCAUAAUAUUUAUUAACAAGAUAUUAACAGUCACCUAACAUGCCAAGUAUUUUAUAAGAACUCAAAAGGAAUUGCUACGUUAUGAUGGAAUGUUUGGUUUGAAUUAGGAUUUUAAAUAUGUUCACACAAUUGAUUCAAUUGAUACUAGAUAUUAACCAGAGAUAUGUUUUAAGUUUUAAUGCCAAACUCAUCUGUGAUCCUUUUUCUUUAUUUAACAAUAAGACAAUUGUUUCUGUUUGGUUCUAUAUGCUGUUAUCACAUUCCUUCGUUUAUUUAUUAUCAUUAUUGAAGAUUCUUUAGGUCGAUUAGAUUUUGAAAUGAAGUCAAGAAAUUUUUUAAAAGUGUUAUUUGUGUUUGUGGAUCAAAUUGUUGAAUUAAAUAAUUUGAAAAUAUUUUAUAUUUUAUGUUGAAUAUAAUUCAUUUCUUAUAUUCAUAAAAUUUCUAUUAUCUUCUUUAAUUUGAUGUAUAUGCAAGUUAUUUCAGCUUACUGUGAUCAAAGACUUUAAAAAAUAUCAAUUCUUUACAGUAAUGGUUCUCAAAUAAGUAUUUUCUCUGAAAGUAAACCAUUAUUCAGAUUUAUGUAAGUCAUAAAAUGUUACAAUUAUCUUGUUCCUUUAAGGAUGAAAAAUACAAAUAUUUUGUUCCUUUAAGGAAGAUGAACACAAAUAUUAUAUUUACGUAUUUUUCAGUAAUAUAAUAUUCAUGUAAUUUUCUUGCUAAAAUUAUCAUUUAUUAGAAAAAUGAAUUACCAUCACACAAGUUGUUGUAUUUUUUCCCCCCACUUUGCUAAACAAUUGUUUUCUUCUUAAGAACAUAGUGUUUUUUUAAAAUUUAUAUUAUAGAUGUGUCAUUAGAUGCUCUGCUUUGAAAACUUUAAUUUUGAAUUUCUCCCUCCAGAUUAUUUAUUUCAAUACUGAUUUGUUUUCUAAUCAGAAAAGAAUUUUCAGAUCAUAUGUACUAAAAUGAAUAAUUUUCCUCUUAGUCAUCCUUUGAAUCUGAAUUUGGAAGGAAUUUCUUUAGUUCUUAAGAAGAGUAGACAUUACAUUUUUAGAAUGUAAGGUAGGCAAUACCAAUAUUUGAGAACCAUAACUCCUUGAGAAUCAAUAGUAAGAAGUGCACGUACUUAUAGAACUAACUGUAAGAAUUAAUUUGUUAUAAUAAGCAGCUUUUAGGCAUUUCUUUGUUUUUGUGAGCGUGUGUGUGUGUGAUUUGUGAUUAACAAUAGACAAAGAAUCAUUCCAAUAAACUUGUGAUAGUUUUUAUCCAUAUUUGAACUGAAUCAUAUGAGUGAUGGUCAUAUAUGAGUCUCCACUUAUUAACCCUCCAACUUAAAUGUCGCAAUGUUAUUAUUUUCAUGGAUGGUUCAGGUGUUAAUUUUACUCAUUAAGUUUACAGCAACUCUUUUCUUUAAAAAUGUAGCAGUAUCAUUCCUUAAGGGUCUAACACAGGGAGAUUUUUAUACAUAGACUGGAAAUUUUAUUUGGAAAAGUGAUAUUUAUGAACAAGUUCAUUUCUACCAUAAUUUUUUAAAUAAAAUGAUGAGCAAACUGUGUAUUUAUAUAUCCAUCCCUUCUUAAGGAUAAUAUCCAGUCAAUAUAUUUUCAUUUAAUGUAAUACAUAGUAGGAUGUUAAGUAAACAAUUAGCAAAUUGUAUACUCAUUUUCAAAUAUAUUAAAAAUGUUAUUUUUUUGUUAUUAGGAUUUUUAAUUAAUUAGGAUAUAUAAGAUCUAGUCAAUGCUUUAAAUCACUGACCUGUGUGUUAGAUUCUUUAAUGAAACAAUUUAUGAUAAAAUUCAUUCUAAACAGCGUAUGCCAGUUGAAAUCUUGGCACAAUCAAAUGUAUGUUAUUUAUAAAUACAAGAUAAAUACUGAACUGUGUUUAGAGUGGUGCCAGUUCAUAUCAGUUGUUGCAUGCUUGCUUUACAACAAUCAUGUUUUGCUAUUAAAAAUAUUCUGUUAUAAUUUUUGUUUUAUUUAUUUAGGUUUUCUAUUUAACUGUAAUCAUAUCACAAGGUUUUUGCAUCAACUGGAAAUCAGAUAUAAGAGAAUAAUCCACACGAGUAUGCUUUUUUAAAGCAUAAGCAAUGCAAAAAAUCUUAGGCUGACAGUGUGGGGUGUAAGGUGUUGAGGGGCUUAUAUCUCAGAGAUGUUAGUCAGUCAUCUCAAAGACCUGGGGGGAGACUACCUUCAGACCACUUUAGCACCAUGGAGUGACCGACAAGCCAAUGUCAGGAUUUCAGAGGGCAGGGGUGAGUAUAUGUGGCAAGGUGAGAAAGGUGCAAAUUAGAUACAGAAGUCCAUUUUGCACCUCAUAAAUAUGUUCAUUAAAUCAAUCAUUUCAGUGUCAAUUUACAUGAAAACAAACAAUUAACAAAUUCAAUUUGUUAUAAAAGCAUUGUUCAUUUAAGAAUAAUUUUUUUUUGAAAACUAAUGCUUUAUGUCCUCCAUGAUGGGAAAAGCACCUUUUGGCUGCUUUCAAAUAUCUACC